AACCAGAUCUCCCUUCAUUUGCCAACACCUCACCCCGAGCUGCUGACCCACCAGCCUCCCGCUGUCUUUCCCUCCGUGGGACCCUGAAAAGCAGGAGGAAGGGAGAAGCAAGAGCCCAGCCAGCACCCCGGAGCCACCUGCGGCUCCCCCAGCCACCGUUUCCCUGCGAGGACCCGGCCGCCGGGCCCCCUGGGUCAGCAGCAGCAUGAGUCUGGGCAUCAUGGAGGAGGAAGACCUGGCAGAGUACUUCCGGCUGCAGUAUGGGGAGCGCCUGUUACAACUGCUGCAAAAGUUCCCCAACAUUGACGAUCAGUCGGAGUCCCCAUCCAUCCGGCUCCUGGAGAAGAAGAAGGAGGCCAAGAUCAUGCACCAAGUUAUGGAGCAGAAGAAGGAGACAUUUCAGCGUAGAAUGGAAACCCUGAACCUGCGCUGGGAGGAGCUGGGCAUCAAGGAGGCCCAGCUGAAGGCCCACAUCCAGAAGUUUGAGCAGUUCAUCCAGUUCGAGGAGAUCCACGAGGUGAUUGCGCGCUACAAGACGCUGGUGAGCAUGCACCAGGACCUGAUGCAGUCGGCGCAGGAGGGCCAGGAGAAGAUCGAGCGCGCCAAAGCGCGGCUGGCGCGCUACAUGGAGGAGAAGGACGACGAGAUCCUGCAGCACAACAACGAGCUGGCGCGACUGCAGAUGCGCUUUGACCGCGCCCGCAGCGACGUCAUCGUCUGGGAAUCUCGCUGGGCACACAUCCAGAACACUGCCGCCAAGAAGACCCUCUUGCUUGGCACCAUUAAGAUGGCGACACUGAACCUCUUCCAGAUCGUGAGCAAGCAGCUGAAGGAGACCACCACCGUGUCCCUGGAGGACACGCAUAAACAGCUGGACAUGAUCCAGCAGUUUAUCCAGGAUCUGUCGGACAUCUGGGCAGAGGUGAGGAAGAAAGAGCAACAGCAAGUCCGGGUUUAGGGAGCAGCCGCGGUUCCAGAAUGUUCUGAGACAGAGACGGAGAGAAGAUGGGUUCCUGGUGAGCUUGCAGUCCCGUCAGCCCAGUCCAGCUGUCUGGGGACCCCUGUGCCUUUCUGCUGGC